UUUUAAAUUAAAACAUUAGAAUAUUGCAUAUUUCACACUGCCAAGAUUUCAUUAUGCCAUCUGGAAAUCUUUAUGCUUUUAGAACCAUUUACAUAUCUUUUCUACAUAAUCUCCAUUUGCUCCCUAAACAGUAUCUGUUCUCCAGUGCAGAUUCUUUAAACAAAGUCAGUCUUUAUUCUUUGGUAGAUGGUACUAAGACAGUGAAUGAGUUACACUGCUGUGCUCAUAGCAGCAGAGCAGUUUUUUGCUCAAGGGUGAAAAAAUGCAAUUUUGUAUGAAGACCAGAGAUCUUAACGUUUGAGAGAAGUUGUGAUUAUAAUGCAACUUUCACGGUGAAGAACGUGUCUCAAAGCUCCCUUUAAGCAACAGCAAAGCCUUGGCUGGGUUGCUAUCAGACAGUUACACACAUUUACAAUCAGAGGAGAGAAACAAGCAGACAAAAGGUGACAGCAAAUCGCAUCAUGGCAUCAGCUGCGCUACAAUUCUUUGCUUUUAUCCUUGCCUUGUUUGGCGUUUUCGGCGCAAUCACAGCCACCUUACUGCCCAACUGGAAGGUGAAUGCAGACUUGGGUUCGAACAUCAUCACAGCCAUAACUCAGAUGCAAGGGCUCUGGAUGGACUGCACAUGGUACAGCACUGGGAUGUUCAGCUGCACUCUCAAAUAUUCAAUCCUUUCUCUCCCUGUUUAUAUCCAAGCAGCACGGACCACUAUGGUUUUGUCUUGCAUCCUCUCCUUUUUUGGGAUCUGCAUCGCCACCGUUGGGAUGAAGUGUACUCGCCUGGGAGGGGACACAGACACCAAAAGCCACACUUCAUUUGCAGGAGGAGUCUUCUUUAUCCUUGCAGGAAUAUUUGGUUUGAUACCAACAGCCUGGUACACCAGAGAAAUCAUUUUGAAUUUUCUGGACCCAACGGUUCCAGAAAGCAGCAAACAUGAACCAGGAGGAGCAGUUUACAUUGGAUUCAUUUCAGCAGGACUUCUGCUCACUGCAGGUGCCAUCUUUGGCACUUCCUGUUUCGAAAAAUCACAAAGAGCAUGGAUUUACCCUAACAAGCCGCAGCAACAGAUCAUUGGUGCUCAGCAAGAGAACAACACAGGUUACAACCUGAAGGACUAUGUGUAAAUAUAAUUGUCUGUCUGACAUGGAUUCUGUUCCGUUAAGAAUCAUUUUGUUUACUGUCUUUUUAUUUAUUUUUUUUUAAAUCGACGGUUUUCUAUUCUUGCUGUGCAGUGUGGCAAAAUAUUUUUAAUCACCCUCAAAGAGACGGUUAAAAAGUUUGAAAAAUUACAGCAACCAUUAAUUUAUUGUUGGUAUUGUCUUGCAACUGAACUGUACUGGAAAGGGAUAAAAUGAAGAGUAAAAUGUUUAGGUUUUCUUAUAUAUAAAUGUUAUCUCAAACCUGCAAUGUGCCAAUUUGAUUUCAGCAAGUGUCUCAUUUUAAUUAUGACACUAAUUAAAACAGUGUCGUAAAACUGUAAGCUAAAUAGUAUUGUAACUGCCAUCUAAGCCUCCAUGUGAAAUAAAGA